AUGACUGAUCAACCAACAUCGCCAUCUAAGCAAAGCUCACCACGUGGCGCUAUGGAUCCUCCAGCGACACCGGGUGCAGGUCGAAGCGCCAAGGAUUCGACCUCGAUACUCAUACCUUCACCCGCACCCGCACCCGCACCCGCUCCUUCGACGCCAGGCCGAAGUGACCGCACACUCCUUCCGAGUACACCACGCGCUUCCAACAGCCCUUUUCCGACCCGUGCUCCCCGCACUCCAGGAGGUUCAUCAUUGACGCUUUGUACCGUUGACGAGUCAAAGUAUAGUAAGGUGACUGUACACACAGCCAAGUGUACCGAGUGCGACAAGCGCAACAUGGAUACCAUGCGACGCUGUCCAGGCUGCACAUUCCAAGUUUGCCAACCAUGUUACGAAAAGCGCUUGAAGCAGGAUAAAGGACUUCUUCAUGGCAACAUGGCGACUCCAGGUGCGACUGGAGGCGGUCUCUCCGCCAGUAGCGGAAGCAGGGCGGUGAGGAAGAAGCCACUGCCGAGCACAGAAGAGAUAGGCGACAAGGUCGAGAAUGAGGAAGAUCCCAGUCCUAUGAAGAUUGAGAUUACCCCAGCUAUGCCCAAGUCGUCGGCAAAGAAGCGUGCGAUCAAGAAGAAGGCGCCUCUUGGUGAGACUGAGGAGUCUUCCGAGGACGAAUUUGAGCCGGACGACACUUCCCCAACACCCAGCAAGCGUCGCCGUACUGGUCGCCGUCGAUCUGAACUUACGUUUGCCGAGAGUGCUCUUGCUACCGCUCUCCGAACACCACCAGCUACACGUGCAACUAGAAAGUCACUCCCAGCUCCUACACACCGAGCUCCAUCAUCCCCAGCCUCUGACCCUGGUAACACAGGAACCUCGAUCGGUUAUGGGCCAAGCGGAUUCCUAAGCAGCGACUUCAUGGGUGACAAGGAUCUCUACGAUGUUGGCAUCAAGCCGUACAAGGAUCAGCCAUUGUUAGCUCGCCGGGAGCCUGUCAUUUCCAACCCGGCUAACAGGAUUCCUGAUAUCAUCAAGCGGGCUGGGAAGCCAAGGCCGAGUAACCAGACGUACCACAACAUCCAGAAAAGCCUCAGAGCGAAACUACAGCAGAAUCAAGUACACGAGACAGACCAAGAUGAAACUGUAGCUCACACGGCUGAGCAAAGCAAGGCUGAACAGAAUGCAGACCCGCAGACUGUUGCAGCCUUUGUGGAGAAGGAGGCAGCUAGGUACCAGGACGAGACGAUGGACGAAGAUGAGAACGAGGCCAUCCUUAGCGCGAUGAAGAGUGCGGCGCUGGUGUGGGGCAAACAAACGUUCAAGAAGCUGGACUCGGAAACGCAGCUCACAGUGCAACCGGGCCUGAAGCUACGUCUUGACCUCAUCAACAAGACGUUCCGGGAAGAGCUGGCGAAGUUGACGGGCGAGCAUGCUGACCGUAUCCUGUCGGAAUUGGGCGUCAGUGUCGAGAAGCCUGUGGAUGCUCCACCAGGUCAGCUGUUCAAGCCUGCCUAG